ACAAGGUGAGCGGUCCGCGGCCAUUUUGUUAGCCGUGUGUAGCUGUGCAGAUUUCGUUCAUCAAAUUUAACCGAAAACAACAACUUCUGGAGGCUUUUGUUUACAUUGUGUUUUCGAUUACAUACUUGUAAGUCGGGAUGGGAAUUGUUUACUCGCUGACAUAAAGCAUAGUCAUUCAUUUCCGAGCUGCUUUGAGUUUGCUAGCUCUUUAGCUAGCUAGCUAACUUGUUUACGUGUUCCGUUGAGAGAAAACAUCGGGCUUUCAUGACCGCCAGGUUUUAAAUGUUACAACUGUCGAAUGAGCACGGUUUGUCCGCUCCUGACUUCCGUUGCUGCACAUUUGUGUGUUUUAUUUAAACCUAAGAACAUUUGAGCCUCGUUUAAGACCUUCCAACUCGCGUUGCGCCUCAGUGGUUAAGCAGCAACUUGAGCUCCGUCAUCAGCUGACUGCUCACGGACCAGAGCUCAGCCGUCCCGGAGCAACAUGUCAGAGCUGUACAUUCGGGUGGCUGAGGAUGAGAACGAGGAGCCCAUGGAGAUCCCUUCAGAGGACGAUGGGACUGUUCUACUGUCCUCAGUAUCAGCCCAGUUCCCGGGGGCUUGCGGACUUCGGUACAGAAACCCGGAGUCCCAGUGCAUGAGGGGUGUCCGGCUGGUGGAGGGCGUCCUGCAUGCACCAGAGAGCAGCUGGGGAAACCUGGUCUAUGUCGUCAACUAUCCCAAAGAUAACAAAAGGAAGAUGGAGGAAAUCGACGCGGCAUCGGCUGUUAAAAUCAAAAGAGGUUUUCAGAAAACGUCAGACCUCAUAGUCCUCGGGUUGCCUUGGAAAACAACAGAACAGGACUUGAAGGAUUACUUUAGCACCUUUGGGGAGGUCAUUAUGGUGCAGGUGAAGAGAGAUGCAAAAACUGGAAACUCAAAAGGUUUUGGGUUCGUCCGCUUUGCAGACUAUGAGACGCAAACUAAAGUCAUUGCUCAGAGACACAUGAUUGACGGACGAUGGUGUGACUGCAAACUUCCAAAUUCAAAGGCAUCUCCCGAUGAACCGAUGCGGAGCCGCAAAAUCUUUGUUGGCCGCUGCACAGAGGACAUGACGACGGACGAUCUGAGACAGUACUUCAUGCAGUACGGUGAAGUCACUGAUGUCUUCAUUCCCAAACCUUUCCGGGCCUUUGCAUUUGUCACAUUUGCUGAUGAUCAGGUCGCCCAGGCUUUGUGCGGAGAGGACCUGAUCAUCAAGGGCGUCAGCGUGCACAUCUCCAACGCUGAGCCCAAACAUAAUAACAGUAGGCAAAUGAUGGAUCGGGGUCGGUUCGGGGCUGGCGGGUUCAGUCAGGGGUACGGCAGUAAUCGUGGGGGCCUAGGCAGCGGUAGUGGAGGGGUUAACUUUGGGGCUCUGGGCCUUAACCCAGCGAUGGUGGCAGCAGCUCAGGCAGCGCUGCAGAGCAGCUGGGGAAUGAUGGGCAUGCUGGCUAACCAGCAGGGCUUGACCACAGCGGCAGGCACAGCCUCUACCACCAGAGAUCAGACGUAUAGCUCUGCCAGCACCAGCUACAGCAGCCCCAGCUCAGCCAGCCUGGGCUGGGCCGGAGGCACUAACACGGCCUCCAGCAGCGGCUUCAGCUCCGGCUUUGGCACGUCAAUGGAGUCGAAGUCUUCUAGCUGGGGAAUGUAGAGCUAGGUGAGAGUUGAUGUUUUCUCUUGCUGUUAGGCAAAUCUGGUAAGUAUACCUACAGGAAGGAAUGGCUUAUAUCUUAUUUAAGAAAGAAACACUGCCUUUUAUUUUAUUAAAAGCGAACAUUUCUACUGGUGUGACUGACAGUGUAGUCAUGCAUUGAAUGGGUAAAACAUUUAGUUUGUGAAAUCCUCCUUCGUAGUUUUGUUUGUGAGAACAUGUUACGAAGAGACGGCUGUGCAUGCACCACAACUAUUUAUAAACAUGCACGAGUAUGUUGAGGUCUCGCUGCAGUCCGUCAAAAGCUGGCUGUCAGAUAAUUCUAUAUAUUUAUGCAUCAUAUUGUUUUUCUUUGGUUUGUUUUAUUUUUCUUUUCUUUUGGAAACACCUUCAUGAACGUUUCUUCCGCAGUUCACCAACUCUUUCACAAUUUCCCGGGAGGAGUCGCUUCAUUGGCUGCAAUGUUCGGCAGAUCUCAGUAUCCUUUCCCCUCCUCCCACGUGUAAAUGCUUUAUCAUCCGAGAACACAGCUUCACUCUGCGUAUACAGUUUUAGACGGUGGGUGUUGCCUUUCUUUUCUCUCCCCUCCCCCUCUUUUUUUUUUUUUCUUUUUUUUCUCUUUUCGGAAUAUAGAAAUCUUGUCUGCCCCUGUCGCUUUUUGAUCUCGAUGAGUAGAUUUGGUGUUGGACCGAAUGAGAGUGAGCAAAAGGAAGGAAAGCAAGAACUGUUUGUGCUUUAUUUGUAUAUUUUUUUGAAAGACAAAUGCCUGGGAGAGGUGAGAAGAACCUGUGGCUUUGUGCGAGUGUGAGAGGAAGAAGCAAAGUACGUGUGUGUUCUCAGUGACCAUCACAAGGACAUUUCUUGUAUCUCAAGAUCCCUGAGUUUUCUGCUUACUCGUAUUGUUUUUCUAUCCAUCCCUGAUUUUUUUACAUUUGAAAAAAAAAAUCACACUGAAUUGUCAAGUGCUAUGAAUAUCUGUAUCUUUUAGUAGAUCUUUUCUUGCUGUCCAAUGCGAUGUGAAUGCUCGUCUUAUUUUCUCCUUGUUACCACCCUCUUUGUGUGAAAAUGUGACUUUGUUUGUGAAGUCUGUGUGAAGGGAGGGGGAAAACACUGAAAGAGUGCUGAAGUUUGGAAGCUGUUCCUGGUGAAUGUUUGAAUAGUUCCCAUUGAAAGUUUGUGUUUGAAGUGGUUUCGAAUGCAUUUUUCUAUGUUUUGUGAAUCAAAGGGAAGUGUGAAAUAAAACUUAAUUUAACUAGGGAAAAUACCCUCUUGACACAGACUUGUUUUUGACUUUAAUUGAACUGCCAACACUUUAAUUCACAUGUCUAGGGUCGUCGGAUUUGGAAAAAGCCAGAUUUUCUUCUGAGCCCCAGUUUGGAGUCGGCGAAGCUUGACGACGAAGCCGAAAUCGCCUUAAUUCUGGGAAGGAUCAACGUCGCCUCAUUAGCAAGAAACAUUCGAGUGAUAUCAAAAUUAUAUUCACAUAUUUGUUUGUUUUGACACAUUGGGACCAAAGUCAUCCUGCUUGUUAGAAGUUUCAUUUUGUCCUCCAAAAACUGUUCAAUUCUACCUCACCAGAACAUGUUCAUUAAUACGUCACACAAGUUACUGGUAUAUGCGAGUAUAAAACCUUACAUUAUUUAUUGUGAUCAAAAGUUGUAUUACCAUAGCAGGAUAUGUUGAUAGCUGUUUACUUUCAUGAAGAAGUGUAUUGGCAUUUUUUCAGUAUAAAGAUCUGAGCGCAAAAUCACACUUUGUGUAUUGAUACUAGUGUUGCAAUAUGUAAAAUAAAAAGUAGUUUGUUUUUUUAAGUUGUAUGUGGUCUCAGUUUUGGUAAGCAUGUUAUUUUCUACUUGAGAUAGCUGAUAGUUUUGUAGAGUUGCAUAUUAUUUAUUCAGUGCUGUGAUUUUCAUUUAAGACCUCAGAUUUACAACUUCUUUUUUUAUUAUUAGGUGAAAUGAAUUAAUUGCAUACAAAAUUAUAUUCCAAGUGUUUGCUUUUUGUUUGUUUUUAUGAUUCAACACUAGAACUUCUUCAAAUAUUUUAAUUUGACCUAAGAUCGAGUUGGAAUAAUUUACAUCAUUAAAUAUUUCAUAUUCUGACCUCCUGACGCACAAGUCACAAUGAAAAGGAGUCGUGUCCCCUCCCCCCCAACUAUUGGUUAAGCAGUCAUGCAGUUCUACAAGUGUUACUUUUUCUCAAUUGCUUUGGUGCAUUUUUCUGAUUGGAAUUUGUUUUAUUUUUUAAUCACAAAUUCAACUUCCACAAUGUGUCAUUAUUUUCCAGCAAAUUGUUAUUGCUUUCAGACAUGAAUCAAUUGCUUCCAUAAAAUUCUUUGAGUUUUUAGAAUUUCAUUUGCUUAUGUCAGUCCAUAUGAACUAUACUUAUGAAUCCUGGAUAGCCAUUCCCUAGUAGUCAUUUCACUGCUGGAAUCGUUGCAUACCAAACUGCUGAGCUAGUUUUCAAAAUCUGUCAAAAUUCUGUAUUAUGUUUUACUAUUUCUUUAAAAAGUCUGCCCAGGUUGAGCAAUUUCUCUCAGUGAACCUCAACUUUGGUUAAUAUUGUUUACAGUGGUGUAAAGUUUUCUCUGUUGUAAAUAAGUUUGUACUUGGCUUAUGCUUAAAAAACAACUGCAUAGUGCGUAAUGCGGGGAAAAAAUGAAGCAUUUGUAUGCAGAUCAAGGCUCUGUAAACAAAGAAGGAAUUUUACUUUGGUUUUCAAGCACUCAGCAUACACAGUAUAAACUUUAGAGGAAAUAAAGAUCACUGAGCAAUA